AAUUUUGCAAAAUCAUUUUAAAUUAUUCUUUUAUAUAUAAUGAGCACACUACAUGAAUAUUUCCUGAAAAUCUAUACUAUUUUUAAUAGAAAUCAAAUUUAAAGUUUGAAUUUUUAGAACCGCGCCAAAAACGGUAUUCCUGUGAUGGCGCCGGCAGAUGACGUCUGUGACGUCACACGCCAGUAAACACGAUCACAAGCUGUCAGCCGAAGUUAAUUUCAUUAUUGUGCUUGAUUUUGCUAUAAAAUCAUAGAUAAAAUGGUCUAUAAAUGGUGUGUAGUGCCAAAAUGUACGAAUACGUGUAUAAAUAGUCCACAAACAUUGUUUGUUUCUGUUCCAACCGAUUGUAAAAGACGAAAAAAGUGGUUACUAUUAGCUCGGAGAGACCCAAAGGGCAUUUCAUCGACUUCAAAUGUAUUUAUGUGUGAAGAUCACUUCGAUGUAAGUAUAAAUUUAAUAUGUUAUCUACUAGGUAGCUUAAAUUACCGCUUUUAAGAUUUAAAUAAUAUAUAUAACUAUCUAUAACCUCAAAUGUAUUGGUUAUGUUGAGGAUAAGUCAGUGUUGAGGAUCAAAGAUCCUGUUUAUUAACCCUAAACUUAUUACUCUGUAGGGUUUCAAAAUGUUUUCUGUUGUUUUGAUUAUAUUAGCUACCUACAUAUCUCAAUAAUUUUCUAUGCUGUGUCAUUUUACCUACUUUGCUUAUUAGAUAGUGAUAGUUAUGUUGAAUUGCAGAUGGAAAAAGACACCAUUAACUACAUGCAGUACAAAAUGGGUUUCAGCAAGAAGAUACUUUUGACAGAAGAUGCUGUGCCAACAAAAUUUCAUUGUCAAGAAGAUCGUAAAAGACCACUGUCUGAUGCUGGACUUUCUCGAGGAGCAUAUGUCAAGAGGAAAAGAAUGGAUUUGGUCAACACAUGUUUGCAAAGUCAAAAUGCUACUGAAGCCCAAGCUGAAAGCUUACAAAAAGAUGAGAGUUUGAUACAAGACAUUAUUGAACCUCAAGGUUUAUCAAGAACUCAAGACAGAGAAACUAUUACCAACUCUAUCAUAACUGCAGAAAAAUCUGUGCAAGUAACAAUAAAAGAGAAUGUGCAUCAUAGGAGCAAAUCUGUGCAAACAAGAUGCCAGACUACAAGUAUUUCUACCUCACCAAUGAAAGUUUCUACAACAUCUCGUUCCACUUCGCCCUUUAAGAUUAAACUAUGCAGUCUUCGACCAUCACAGUCUGAAAUUGUCAAAGUAGUCAAGAGAAAUGUUUUUCUUGAAGAUGAAAAGUCAGAUAGUGAUAUUUCCUGUAUUGAAAGUGGUCGUCAUUUAUCACCUUUUGUAACUAAAUCAGCAUCAUCAUCAUCAGGGCUUACCGACUCUGAUAGUAAUGUUACAGAUGCCAAUGAGAAUAUUGAAAAAUUAGAGUGCCUCAAAAUUACUAUGCGUUCAAUCUCUAAAAAACCAAUGAUGUAUGUUGGUAUUCCAAAAGAAUGUUAUUUCUUAAUCAAAUUGUUACAUAAACACACAAGCAUAAAAGUAGAACAAAUUUUGCUAUGCUUGAAAAAGAUUAGAAUGAACAGUACAUUUUCUGAACUGGAGGAUAAUUUUGGAAUAUCAUUAUCUUAUGCUAGUAAAUUGUUUCUACAAAAUAUACCAAUAAUAGCUAGUGUUUUAAGACCAUUCAUUGUAAAAAUAGAUAAAAAAUUGGUAAAAAAAAUCUUCCUAUUUCAUUUAGACAUAACUGUCAUAAUGUCAGUUGCAUCAUAG